CACUGCCGCUUCCGGUCCGUGUGGGGGAGGUUCUCGCGCAGGCCUGGGACUCAGGGCAGGUGUUGGCGCGCGUGCGGUGAAUUUUUUCGCGAGUCGGCCUCCCUUCCCGUCGGAUCAUGGCCACCGACUCGUGGGCCCUGGCAGUGGACGAGCAGGAAGCGGCUGUCAAGUCGAUGAGUAAUUUGCAAAUCAAGGAAGAGAAAGUCAAACCAGAUACCAAUGGUGUUAUUAAAACCAGUGCCACUGCAGAGAAAACAGAAGAAGAAGAGAAAGAGGACAGAGCUGCCCAGUCCUUACUCAACAAGCUGAUCAGAAGCAACCUUGUGGAUAACACAAACCAGGUGGAAGUCCUGCAGCGGGACCCAAACUCCCCACUCUACUCAGUGAAGUCCUUUGAGGAGCUUCGGCUGAAACCACAGCUUCUCCAGGGAGUCUAUGCCAUGGGCUUCAAUCGACCAUCCAAGAUACAAGAGAACGCAUUACCCAUGAUGCUUGCUGAGCCCCCACAGAACCUGAUUGCCCAGUCUCAGUCUGGUACUGGUAAAACAGCUGCCUUCGUCCUGGCCAUGCUCAGCCGAGUGGAACCAGCAGAGAGAUACCCCCAGUGUUUGUGCCUCUCCCCAACAUAUGAGCUGGCUCUUCAAACGGGAAAAGUGAUUGAGCAAAUGGGCAAAUUUCAUCCAGAACUAAAGCUUGCUUAUGCUGUUCGAGGCAAUAAAUUGGAAAGAGGUCAGAAGAUCAGUGAACACAUUGUCAUUGGCACCCCUGGGACUGUUCUGGACUGGUGCGCCAAGCUCAAGUUCAUCGACCCCAAGAAGAUCAAGGUGUUUGUUCUGGAUGAGGCUGACGUGAUGAUAGCUACUCAGGGCCACCAAGAUCAGAGCAUCCGCAUCCAGAGGAUGCUGCCCAGGAACUGCCAGAUGCUGCUUUUCUCUGCCACCUUCGAAGACUCCGUAUGGAAAUUUGCCCAGAAAGUGGUCCCAGACCCAAACAUUAUCAAACUGAAGCGCGAGGAGGAGACGUUGGACACCAUCAAGCAGUAUUACGUCCUGUGCAAUAACAGAGAUGAGAAGUUCCAGGCCUUGUGUAACCUCUACGGGGCCAUCACCAUUGCUCAGGCCAUGAUCUUCUGCCAUACCCGCAAAACAGCGAGCUGGCUGGCAGCAGAGCUCUCAAAAGAAGGCCACCAGGUGGCCCUGCUGAGUGGCGAAAUGAUGGUGGAGCAGAGGGCUGCGGUGAUCGAGCGCUUCCGAGAGGGCAAAGAGAAGGUGCUGGUGACCACCAACGUGUGUGCCCGCGGUAUUGAUGUCGAACAGGUUUCUGUCGUCAUCAACUUUGACCUCCCCGUGGACAAGGAUGGGAACCCGGACAACGAGACCUACCUGCACCGGAUCGGGCGCACGGGCCGCUUUGGCAAGAGGGGCCUGGCAGUGAACAUGGUUGACAGCAAGCACAGCAUGAACAUCCUCAACAGAAUCCAGGAGCAUUUUAAUAAGAAAAUAGAAAGAUUGGACACGGAUGAUUUGGACGAGAUUGAGAAGAUAGCCAACUGAGACGCUCCACUAGUCGCCAGUGCCCACCCCCGGCACUCCGCCUGCACGGGAGACCGGUGCUUUCACGGCACAGGCCUCGACAGUCACCACAAAGACAAAGGCAGAGGAGAGAGAAACUACCUACCUCAUUUUAAAUUACGUUUGGACUAGACAAAAAUUGCGCAACUGAUGGGGGAAGGUAGAAGGAAAAUUUUGCAUUUCGGAAAAUGUAGUCCUCCCCCUGCCCCCCCCCUUAAGCCAUGGUUUUUCCCCAUCUUAUAAUAAUCUGGUCGCUAUGGAUAAUCGCUGAGCCUAGGAUCCCCUGCUUGUUUUGUUGCUGGGGUGAUAGGACCAACCCCCACCCCUGCGGAAAUGGUAGAUGUAGAGCGUGGGAGAGGCUUCACAGCACAGGCGUGUGAGCCCCACUGCACGGAUGGAAUGUGGGGAGCAGCGGCAGAGAGACCCUUGAGCUCUCCCCCUUCUCGGUCCCUGA